UGCCCCCAAGAUCGCUCAGGCACUCACCACGAGGGAUGGACAUCACACGAGUCCUAACACGAGCAUACAAAUCAGGUGACAUAAUGACAUGUAGUCAGUCUGGUACUUUCCUGUCAGUUUGACGGGCCUGGCAACGUAGCAUGUCUAUUCUGUCCUCGUUUGCGACCUAAGCUUAUCCCGCCUACUGCUCAGUUAGCGAAACCUCAGCCCAACGAAGAGCAGCAGUGUUACCACCUCUUGUCGCUCAUGUUCUCGUCGUGGGCGUGCCAUCUGAGAGCCCACUUCACCGCCAACACGCGCCACGUCAUCGUCAACGCACACCACGUCACCGUCAACGCACGCCACGUCACCGCCGACGCGCGCCACUUCACAGUCAACACGUGCAACCAGCCAGCGGUAACGUCAUGGGCCCAAGCACUUGAAUCGCAGUCGCCGCACCGCCAACAGUUCCUACCUCCCCCCCUCAGACACCCGUCCGUGCCUCCAGCACGAAUACAGACCUUAUGCUCUGCUAAUUCAAGACCAGCUUCAGACCACCUUCCGCGUUCCUCCCUUUCCUCCUUUUCCUCCUUUUCCUCCUUUUCCUCCUUAUCCGCGCUAAUUCAAGCCCUAAACCGACCUCAACCGAUCACCCCCGCUCCUCAAUUCAAGAGUCCGCCCUCUUGCAUUCCCCCCGUUUCCCCUUCCGCUUCCGUCUUCGUCCUCUCCGCCUCCCCGUUCCCCCUUCGACCCCGCGCGGCCCCCCUUCUCCACUGCUCUUUUCCACAAGUGUUGCCGAACAAACUUCCAGUUGCCAGCUGCCACAUCAGCAGCAGUAUGGGAGACCCCGGCCUUGCUGGAGAGACGGAUGGGAUGGGCGGGGGGAGAAUGGGGGGAAGCGGGGGAAGCGGGGGAAGUGGGGGAAGUGGGAAUGGCAGCGUGUGCAACGUUGGGAGUUGUGGUGAUGGCGGUGAGAGGGAGGCAUGUAGACGACUAGCGGAUCUACAGGGUGUGGUGGGGGAUAGUGUGGUGAUUCGUGAGGCCGUAACGCGGCUGGUGCACUACACACCGCCGAUAAUCUCCCCAACAUCACCCUUCGCUCCCCCUCGCUCCUCCCCACUUUCCUUUCCCCUCUCCGCCUCAUCCCUACUACCCUCCUCCGCCUCCCCCUCCUCGGCCUCUCUCAUCCACACACGUGCGUUUUCCUCGUCGUCCUCUUCCCCUGGCUCGUCAACAACUAAAGUCUCAGCCACCACUGUUGACGGCAGCAGCAGCGUCCGCAGCAACAACCACCACUGCAGCACCAGCACCAGCAACAACAACGGCAGCAGCAGCAGUGCAGCCAAUUCAGAUUCCCCAGCUAACCCAACUAACCCACCUACCCAUCCCACGGACCCUACUGCGCCUCUUACCCCUCUCACAGCGCCCGCCCCUUCCUCCUCCACUGCCCCUCCCUCCGUUCCCUCCCUCCACCGCCCCCCCCUCGACGCCUUCGCCCGGAAGCAGCAGCAGGCAGCAGAGGCAAGGCAGGCCGCGCUCCAAGCAGCAGCAGAGGAAGAAGCAGCAGCCGCAGCAGGGGGGAACGGGGGCAGUGCACUGGACGACACCCCCAUGUCAUCCGUUGCUGUCCCUGCGUUUCAAACUGACCCCAUGUCUCCCAACAAGCAGUCGGUGCUGGGUGUGGCGCUGGCGGCGGCAGGAGAGGCGAUGGGCCCCAUGAGGAGGCGGAAGGCGGCUGUGCUGGUGGCGCUGUUUGAAGGGGAAGGAGGGGAGCUGCGCGUGUGGCUCACUAAGCGGGCUGCCAAGCUCUCCUCCCACUCUGGCGAGGUGGCACUACCGGGGGGCAAGCGCGACGACGGCGAUGCGGACGACAGCGACACGGCACUCAGGGAGGCGGAGGAGGAGAUCGGGCUGCACCGCUCCCACGUGCGCGUCGUCACGCACCUCGAACCCUUCCUCUCGAAGCAUCUGCUGACGGUGACUCCAGUGGUGGCUUUGCUGCCGCGCUCCUUCGCCUUUGUGCCGCGCCCCAACGCCGAUGAGGUGCAAGCCGUCUUCAGUGUGCCGCUCUCACUCUUCCUUCAGCCGGACCAUCACCGGCACGAGGACCACGAGUGGCUUGGCUUACCCUACCGCGUGCACUUCUUCGAGUACACCACCACCCCGCCCCGUCCUCCUCCCCAUCUCUCCCCCACUCCGCACCCACCCCUCGCUUCCUCCUCCCCCUCGCACCCUCUUGUGAGUCCCCCCCAGCCGUCGAUGUCAGCCUCUCCAGCUGUACUUCCUGGUCAAUCAUCAAGCACAGCACGGAUAGAGCUGGGGGGGGGGGGCAAUUGGGGGGACCGGGAGAGGGGGAGCAGUUUACGAUAUGGGGCCUCACAGCUGCUAUUCUCGUGCGUGUGUCGUGUGUUGUGUUCGGCCGGUCUGCUCCAUUUGGGGAGUUCCACCCAGAUGCUCCUAACUACGCCACUGUGCUUGCCGACCUGGCCAAGAGGCAGUUCCUACAGCUGUAGGCAGUGUUAGAGUACAAGAAUGACUAGAAACAAGGGAGAACAAGGGAGAUAUAGGGUUGGAGUUGUACCCUCUAAGAACAUACACCUAUCUAGCCUACAACUUCUACAUACAAACAUAUGCAUAAGUU